AUGAAUAAUUUUGGUAAUCGCCCUCAGAUUGAUAAAAUUCUGGUGUCGUAUGUUGAAACAGUGCCAUAUUUGAUUCACGUAAGGGCUAUUGUACCAAAAGAAAUCCCUGCAGCCUUUCCUCCUUUUCGUCCUAAGCACGAUCCUAAUGCCUCGUGCGCUUACCACGUCGGGUAUAUAAGACACUCCACAGAGGACUGUUGGACCCUCAAAUACAAGGUCCAAGACUUGAUUAAUAAGGAGAUUUUGUCUUUCUCCGAGGAAAAACCCAAUGUGAAAACGAAUCCUCUGCCUAAUCAUGGCAGUUCGACAGUCAAUGUCGUGAUCGAAGAAGAAACAACAAAAUCCGUACUAAGGGCCGAAGAUGUGAGGACUCCACUGUCAGUUGUGUUGAAGAGGCUUGAAAAGUUUGGGUUUCUAGCAGGUACACAUGAUGAUUGUGCAGUAUGUGAAUGUGAUCCAGACAAUUGCGACAAGUUAAGGGGUUGUGUACAAGAGCUGAUGGAUCAGGGGUUGGUACAGUUCUCCAAGUCCAAGGCAGUAGAAGAGGUUGCAGUAAUCGAAUCGAUAACUAUUGUGUAUAGGAAAAAGAAGGUUGAGGCUCCUCCCAAGAGGAUUCAGCCAAUUCAUUUUCGUGUUCCUAGUCUGUUUCCUUAUCAGAAUACCAAUGUAGCGCCUUUGAAUUAUGAGACAACAGCGUACCUGGGUGGAAAAGAAAUUCGUAUUCCUGACACCGAAAUCGUCAACAUAACUGGAACGGGAGGCAUGACUCGCAAUGGUCAUGUAUUCACUCCAAAGUACACCCCUAGGGUGUCUCAUCCACCCACAGUUAUCCCGCCUAAGGAUAAGGUCUCCCCUACUCCUACUCCGCGGGCAUGGGCAACUGUACCUGCCACUCCGAACAUGACGAUUGUUCCAGCGCCGACGAAUGUUAUUGCCAACAAAGUUGUAGAGUUUGAAGUGUCUAAGGGUAAAGGGCCGAUGGUUGAAAAUGAGCAAGUUGAAGAUCACAAGAAGAGCAUCAAUUUUGAGGAAGGUCAGGAAUUCCUCAAAUUGAUAAAAAAGAGUGACUUCAAGAUCUUCGAUCAGUUGAACCAGACUCCUUCCAAAAUCUCCAUUUUAUCUUUGCUGUUGAGUUCUAAGGCUCACCGUAAAGCAUUGCUGAAAGUUCUAAACACCGCUCAUGUGAUGCAAGAUAUCACGGUCGAUCAAUUUGACGAUGUGGUUGCGAAUAUCACUGCCAAUAGGUAUUUAGGAUUUAAUGAGCCAGAACUACAUUCUGAGGGAAACGCCCAUAAUAAAGCACUACACAUUUCAGUCAUAUGCACAAACUCUCUUCUAUCUCGAGUCCCCAUCGACAUUGAUUCUUUGCUUAAUGUAUUGCCGAAAGCUACAUUAAAAGUCAAUUAUAGUUUAAAGGGCCCAAGAUGA